GGAAUAAAAAUCCGAGCUUGAUAUGAACCCAUAUCUUGAAUUUCCCUCUGUUUUUUCGAACGCGGAAAGCUUCCCACGCUCGUUUCGCAUUUAAUUUUCUUCGUCAUCGCCCUCGUUUCGAUCCGAGCCAACCCAAAUCCGGUUUCAGAUUUUCUGUACGUUCGGAGGAAAACGAAAAGAAUCCUUCUUGUCUUCCGGGGCGACGCUUGGUUCGGGAAUAGGCAGGAAGAGGAGUUUUUCUCUUUGGGUUUGGUUCCUGUGGGAGGCCAAACGGGAUGGCGACUACUAUCGGGAUGAUGGACAGCGCUUACUUCGUGGGGAGGAACGAGAUUCUGACUUGGAUCAACGGUAGGCUGCAGCUCAGUCUCUCUCGCAUUGAAGAGGCUGCAUCUGGCGCAGUCCAAUGCCAAUUGAUGGACAUGACCUAUCCAGGAGUAGUUCCCAUGCACAAGGUGAAUUUUGAUGCAAAGACAGAAUAUGAUAUGAUUCAAAAUUACAAGGUUCUGCAGGAAGCAUUUAACAAGUUGAAGAUUGACAAGCAUAUUGAAGUCAACAGGCUUGUCAAAGGCCGACCCCUGGACAAUUUGGAGUUUCUACAAUGGUUGAAGCGCUACUGUGAUGCUGUCAAUGGUGGCAUAAUGAAUGAAAACUACAAUCCUGUGGAAAGACGCUCUAAGGGUGGCAGGGAAAGAGUUCCUAGGAGUUCGCAGAAGAAUUCAAAAUCACUGCAAGCAAACAAUGCUUGUAACAUAAGCUCGAUGGAUACAGUUGGUGUCACCAAAGCUUCUGGGCCUCGUCAAGGGAGGAUGAGUGAAACGGUGGGUGCUGCUGAUUCUUCUCGGGAAAUUCAAGCUUUGUCAAAAGAGGUUGCAGAUCUCAAGCUAUCUGUGGAUUUCUUGGAAAAAGAACGGGAUUUUUACUUUGCAAAAUUGCGAGAUAUAGAGAUACUUUGUCAGACUCCCGAAUUGGAGGAUAUCCCUAUGUCAAUGGCCGUGAAGAAGAUACUGUACGCUGCCGAUGCAAAGGAAUCGGUUCUUGAAGAAGCUCGGGAAUACAUGCGGAAAUCCAAUCAUGACUGAACCGUGUGAUGUCUUUUCAUUACAGAACUAGGAUAUCUUUCACCAUGUCGGAACAUGCAGUUCAAUCUCCACAAUGUACUUUCAGACAUUGCAUGUGCCGUGAGAAUAAAACUGCAAAUUGUUGAUGAAGAUCCCAGUUAACAGCUUAUCCGUACUGGUCACGCCAUAACAUGAAUUGCGGUGAUUCACAACGAAGUAAAUCGAUCUUUGCACAUUCUAUU